AUGGCUCCUCUUUCGCUCUCUGUGUUCGGACGUUUUCAAGGCCUUGAUGUGCACAUUCUCGUAGACGCCUCGUCUCCGUACUCUAAGAUCUCUUCGCGGUUUUCGCUGCUGCACAAAGUGCAGCAGAGCAUCGACGUUGCUCCCACGGAUCCCUCCCGCCAUGCUGUUACUUCUCGAGGUCUUGUCGUUGUCCCCACCGAUGGUGGAUCUUACCGCUCGCACAUGUGCUUGUUUCUCGAUCACUUCGGGAACUUUGACAUCAUCCUUGGCCUGGAUUGGGUAUCUGCCUGUUCGCCCUCCCCAAGGGCUGGGUCUUUUAUACGGCCCCCCCUCUCUAUCACUGCUGCUCUGCCUGCGGCUCACAUGUGGAGGCCUGAUGUACCCCCCAGUGGAAGUAAUCAUCGACCUCCCUCCCUCCCUCCGCUCGACCAUCUCGGUCUUGAGCAAACAUCUGCCGCCCAAGUGGGCUCUUCUGCUACCCAUGUGGGACCGUCAACUGCUGCUCAUCAAUACCCGUGUAUAUUCCUUUGUCUCGGAGGACGGCCGUCGUCGUUCUAA